AUGCCGCCGCAACAGCCCGGACGCCUCUUCGGCGGGUACCUCCGCAAGCGCUACUCGAGCAGCGUCUACAUGGGCUCGUGGCGCUUCUGCGUGCUGCAGGGCGCGCGUCUGCGCUGGUACCGGAGCAAGGAGAGUGCCGAGACGGACUCGCAGCUGCGCGGAGAAGUCUGGGUCCAAGCCGUCGAGCCCUGGGACGGCCGCACCGCUCUCGGCCGGUACCCGCACGCCUUCGCCGUACGCACGACGUCCAAGCGGCUGCUGCUGUGCUCGGCCGAGUCGGCGCGUGAGCGCGAGGGCUGGCUGCAGCAUCUGGAGCAGGCUCUGCAGCGCACCAAGAGCUCGAGCUCGGCCGACCUGAUCAACAACGAUGACGGCGGACGCAGGAUCAUGCCGGCACCGGCACUGACGGACUCGUCCACGGGCAGUCUGCCGCCGCCGACACCUUGCGCGUUCCCGUCGUCUCUUGUCGGUGACCGGCCGGCGGCAGGUUCCGACGUGACGUCCGUCAUGUCGGCGCCGUCGGACUUGACGUACGGCCAGGCGCUGGCUGUGGGGGACGCGGGCUGCUCCGAGUGCUGCGUCCGCUUCCGUCCGCUCGUGGCGCGCCGCGUGGUGUGCGGCUCCUGCGCGCGCGCGUUCUGUGCCCGACACUGCAGCAACGGCAUCCGACUGCAGCACCUCGGACUGCGCGCGGCGCGGCGCUGCUGCGACCACUGCGCGCAGCGACAGGAGUUCAUCGGGUACCUCCGCUCGACCAAGCGGUUCCUGGGCCCCAUGGCCAGUCGAGGCAUCUCCAUGGACGCGCUCGUCGCGCGCACGGACGCGGCCGCUGCUGCGCGCAGGAACCAGGGCGGAGACAUGCUGGCCAGGACGCUGCACAAGCUCCGACACGGCCCCAUGACGCUCAACCGCACCAUCAAGAUCCUGUACCAGACGAGGAAGAAGCCGCACCUGUUCCGCGUGGCGUGCGAGCGGCUCCCGUUCUACGCCGAGACGUGCGUGGAUCGCGUGGAGAAUCUGUGGUACCAACUGCUGCACCUGGUGCAGUGUCUCGACGCCGAGCCAGCUCCUCGCUGCGGGGCCCAGCUCUUCUACCUGCAGCGCUACAUUCGCGCCAUUUGUCGACGAUCUCCGCGUAUCGCGCUGCAGACCAUUUGGCACGCGCAGGCCUCCGUGUGCGACGGCAGCUACCACAACCUGCACCCGCACACGCUGCUGUCGCUGCUCGGCUUCAUCUACCCGAACACCACGUCGCCCGACAGCUCGCACAUGUUCAGUAUCUGGAAGGACCUGGUGUUUGCCGACUGCCCCGAGCACCAGCUAGCGCAGAUCCUGACCGACCUGCGGCAGAUCAACGCCGACAUGGAGAAACUCAUCUCGCUGGAGCCUGACUCGAUGAUUGAGCGCUGGCUGAACGCGAAGAACGUGCCGCAGUUCGAGAACUGCGCCGCAGAGUUGGCAGCCUCAGGAAUCGAGCUGUGUGAGUUCCAGUCCAGCAUCCUGUACGACUCAUUGGAGGUCGAGGGAAGCAGCGUGUCGGACGAUACGCCAGGAGCUGGGAUUGAAUCGCUGGUGCUGGAGCAAGUGAGCUUCGUGCAGUCGCUGGCGGCCAUCAGUGAACGUCUGCGUCACAUUCAGCCAGUUUCGGACCGCGGGAAAUUCCUGGCGGGCGAGUUGGAGACAUUGAACAACACGCUGCAGUCCUCAGCUCUUUAUCCGCUGAGCGCGGCGUCGGAUGAGCUGUACCAGGUUGUGCGCAUCCCGCCGACGGAAGGCAAGGUCUUCUCUACGAAGAUGCGCGCGCCGACCCUCAUUUUCGUGGAAACCGUUCCCGUUCAAAGCGCUGGUGCGAUUGGUCUCGACGACGCUGACACGGAUCGACUCCGUCCGUUUGUGUGUAGCUCUCACCCGCGCAACUCGACGUUCUUCGAGUCGGCGGUUCUGGAUGAGAUCGAAGCCUCGGUUGUUUCGUCAAGCGGGGAGACGAUGCUAUCCCCGUGCAGCAGCUCGACUCUAGCAACGCCAACUCCAACUAGCACGAUCGCUGUCCCUGCUAGCUGUCCGAAUGAUCUCGCUCCGCUUCAUGGGGGUGAACCUUCGUUGAAUGACCAGGAAGAGGACAGCGACAGAGGUGAAGGUCGGGGGCGCCACAUGACUCUACCAACUAGCAGUCGACAGACAUCGGCACCAGCUAGUAGCAGGCGCCAUAGUAGCAUGAUGCCACACUUGCCGCAACCCAGCCGAGGCAGCAAGAUGGGAGCUGGAGCACGCGCUGGACGUCGAGGAGUCGAGAACUUCGUGUAUGACAGUAAGGUGUUUGGCGAGAGCUGGGAGGAACGCAAGGCGCGCAUCCAGAGUGAGUCGCCUAUGGGCAAGCUGCCCGGCUGGAACCUCUUCUCGGUGAUUGUCAAGACGAACGACGAUUUGCGUCAGGAAGUGUUCACGAUGCAGCUCAUUCAUAAGCUCAAGUCCAUCUUCGAGUUCGAGGCGCCGCACUUGUGGCUGCGCACUUACCGGAUCGUCGCGACUGGAGCGAACAUCGGGUUACUAGAGACGAUUACCGAUGCCUGCUCGCUGGACCAUCUGAAGAAGACGUUCGCGGGUGGCAAACUGUCUGAAUACUUCCGCAGCGUCUACGGCGCACCCUCAAGCCCGGAGUUCAUUGCAGCUCAGCGCCGAUUCAUUGAGAGCAUGGCCGCGUACUCCAUUGUGAGCUACGUGCUGCUACUCAAGGAUCGCCACAACGGCAACAUUCUGCUCAGUGCCGAGGGCCGCGUGAUUCACAUCGACUUUGGUUUCAUCCUGGGCAUCGCACCCGGCGGCAUGUUCAGCGUGGAGGACGCCCCAUUCAAGCUCACGAAGGAGAUGGUCGACGUGAUGGGAGGUCUGGGGUCUCCUGGCUACAAGCACUUCCGCAACUGCUUGUGCGAGGGCUUCGUGGUGCUCCAGAAGUACCAGUCCGAGAUCGCUGCGCUGCUGCAGACUACGGGUCAGCAUUCUCCUUUCCCUUGCUUCCACGGCGCGAAGCUGGCACGCGUUAUCGCCGAUAUGCGCACGCGGUUAUGCGUUGGGCUGUCGCGGCGAGAGAUCCGGCACCGCGCGGACCACCUGCUGCGCAAGAGCUACAACGCGUGGGGAACGCGGCAGUACGACUCGUUCCAGUUGCGCAGCAACAACAUUCAUCCGUAGACGUCGACGUCGAAGUCGACACGUUAUUUCCAAGACCUCACUAUAUGCAGCUACUGCUCGAUAGUAGCUGAACUAUAGCGCCAGUGCCGCCUGUAAGUAUUUAGUGGCGACAGGUGCAUUCAUCAUUUGGUAGUUUUUCACUCGCUAGGUUUUAUCCAAACUAAUCUAGCACGUUAGUUUU